CAACAUCAAGAUUAGUUACAAACUGAUGGGUCGUGGCGACAACCCUGGAGCUACGUCUGCAGAAGCAGCCGAGGAUCCUAGUGUACUAGAGCCUCCUCCCGUUCUUCCUGUUCAACGACGUCUCCCUCUCACCGUGAGCUUAGUUUGGAUUCAACAGAUGCGGUUUUGGCCCAUCUGGCGGCUGCUGCAUCGUAUUCAACUAGCCUGGCACGGGUUUCAAGUGCCAAGGAUGUUCCAUCCUGCACUGCGUCUCUUCAUGGACAACGAGGUGGAUGAGAACUCUCCUCCCGCGUUGCUGGGUGAGGAGUACUACGCGGGUGGCGUCACAGUUGGCCACAGGAAUGAUGCCAUCGAGGACGUUUUGCAGUUGGAAAGCGGGUCUGUAGUAGAAGCAGUCAAUUUACUGGAAGGUGGCCGCGAAGCCGAAGGUGGUGGAGGUAGAAGGGAAUGUAAUACUAAUGCUGGUGGUCGUGGUGAUGCUGCUAGUGUCCAGAGCUGCGUCGCAUCAUCCUCGCGGGCUGAAAAACACCAUCAAGCGAAAUCGUCUCGAGUGACGCUAGACAAUAUAAAUCUGAGUAAGGCCGACCGGGAACGGUUCGCCAAGCAAUUAAAAGUGGACGAUCAGGAUAGCGGGGGCCGAUGGUGGUGGGCGCGCUCCCUGGCCCCGGGAAAACUCUGGACAAAACGGUCUGAGCAAGGCAUUGCCCGGGGACCAAGUCGUCUAACUCGUCUACUCUCGAAGAAAGACCAAGCUCUACCAGAAAAGAAGGUACUUUACGGCUUGCUGUAAUGCAUCUUCCGACGCAUCUUUCUAUUUCUUGACCCCUUUGCUUCGUAAGGGAAAAACAGGUCAGAGAUGCUUCUCAAGAUGGAUAUGGGUAAGGUCUAAGUACUGUUGACCUCGCAGUUGUGGCAAGAUGGUUGGGUCCUGGAUACCUACAACUGUUCCUCGUUUAUGCAGAAAAUGCAACGAGUGGAGAUUCAAUAUCCUUCUCUGGUGGAAGAUCCCGAUUCGCAGCUCCUGAAAGACUCCACAGGUAUCGCCACACCAGCCACGUCAACGACUGAAGCCUCAGACUCUGUAGAUGUAGUUAACCUGUAUAAAACAUCCUGGACAACCUCUACUUCUACGAAAAAAUCAAGCUCCGAUCAUGAUUUAAAAGUUGUUGAGGAGUUCUACGUGAACAACCCGUACACGAUUCCUGCUGAAGACAACACGAUGAACAGCAACAUCGGUAUUGAAGCAGGCGAUUCUGUUGUUGGCAAGAAGACGGUGACGAACUUUGCGCAGUUUAGUUAUGUGGACAUUGCAGCUGGUGUGUCUGGCUUCGAGGUCUCCAACACGUUUUCGCUUGACGGCUUGCAUUGGCGUGGUCUGUGCGUAGAAGCCUUGCCUGUACGACGAGAGUACGAAACGAGAAGUUGCCGGGUGGACCGCGUUGCCAUUGUCUCAAGGGAGCGUUACGUCGAAGCCGACCAACUGGUAACACUCAAAGAAAGUAGUGCGACAACGAGGACAGAGAUGAAGAACUCAUCGGAGUCGGUUAGUACAUCAACGUCAAUUAUAGAGCAGCACCAGCGGGAGAGGGAAGACGCCAGCGGCGCAGGCUCAGGAACUUCAUUGGGUGAACAAGAAGGACAAAAAGUGGAUGCUGCGACGGACUAUGAAGGAAAGUCCUUACUCUCUGAAUCGGAACGCAUAUUUCGAUACCCUUUGAGUGCGAAAGCCACGCCACCUGCAGCUGAUGUCGAUGCUCGCGAGGAUUUAGUAUUCCAAGAACAGGAGCCCUUCGCUGCUUCUCUCUUUGCCCUUGUUCGUGAUCGCGCACUUUCUCCAGUAGAGCCUUUCAUUAAGAGUAGGCUCCAGCUUCGGCGUUUCUGCUACUGUUUGUUAUGGCUCUCGGAAGGGAGAAAAGCAUAACAAAGGGGGAACACGAGCAGAAACGCCGUCCUAAUCGAUCCCUCUAAUUUCAAAGUGGUAACCGCAUUGUUUCGAUUUUUCCGAAAUCAAAAUGGAGGGAGCGCGUCAGGAGACGGGCUGGUCACGCACGACGAUCACAACUCGAAAGUAUCAGAAGCAGAGGAGAGAGAACUCAUAGCUAUGCUACUUGCAACUUAUUUUACCAGUGACCUAGAAUUUGAACAUAUUUAUAUUUAUAUACUAGCCUCCACAAGCUUCGCCCGGCUUCAAGUUAGUUUAGCACUUUCCUGCGGCCUCCCACGGGCUACAGCCGCUAGAGUAGAGACAGCCCGCGGGUGAGCUGUUGCACCUUACGAAUUGACUACGACAAGAGCCGAGUGCCGGCGGUGGCCGACUCAGAUGCGUCGACUCAUGUGCAGGGCAUUGCGCUGCCUUCGGUUUUUUUUUGAGAUUGCCGGGCGGGUCAUGCAAAUUCUUAAGAAUUUGCAAGACCCCCACGGCAGUCCAACAAAAAAACCAGAAGAGAGCCACCAGACACGCACAAGAAUCCGCAAGCCCCAACGCACGCAAGCGCCUCGCGGUGGCGCCAGGCAAGAACGAGAGGCGACCUUGAUGGGCCAAACAAGACAAAGCAACGCAGGGCCGCGCUGCUUGGGUCUCUCUACGCGCUUACACCUGGCGGGGCUUCUUUGUUUCGUCAGAUGUCUCGCGUCAGAAACAGACGGGCGCACUUUGCGGGGCCGUGCGGCGUCGCGCUUCGGGCUGUGGCUGAAGCCUCUCGGCUGGCUGACGUCUUUCACCAAGCUGGAGACUAAGGCCCUCCAUCAGGCUGAUGCCGUUCGUCAGAGCAACGCUCUGCGCCAGGCUGGCGGCGUUCGUCGGGCAGGCCGGCGCCCCUCGGCAGGCGUCUUGGGUCAGGCUGAGGCUUUUCGUCAGGGUCGGGCGACGUCUCUCGUCAGGCUGAAGCGCUUCGCCUGGCUGACAUUCCUCGCCGGGCCGAGACUCACGCCUUUGGUCAGGUUGAUGGCUUGCUUCAGCUCGGCGCCGUUCGUCAGGCUGAUGCACUCGCCAGCCAGGUGAGGCCUCUCGCCAGGCCGGCGCAAUGCUUCGCCAGGCGUCUGCCUUGCGUCGGAACAGGUUGAGCGGGGCCUCUCUUCGGGCUCCUGUGGAUGUCUCUCCUUCGUAAGGUUGAUUCCGUUCUUUCGUCGGACUGACGUGCUUCGCCAGAUUGACCGCGUUCGCCGGACUGACGUCCUUCGCGAAAGGUCUUCGCUAUCUUCAAGGGCCUCGCGCCACAGGGAGGCCCCGCGUCAGUUUUUCUGGCGGAGGUCGUUCGUCAGAUGUCUGCUGUCGUGGGUCUCACUCUUGUCUUGUCGGAGGUCUUGGGCCCAAAGGUCGUCUUCGGUCCAAAGGUCGGCUUUGGUCCAAAGGUCGUCUGUGGUCCAGAGGUCGUUUUUGGUCCAAAGGUCGCCUCCCUUACUUUGGUCCAAAGGUCGCCCUACUUUGGUCCAAAGGUCGCCCUACUUUGGUCCAAAGGUCGCCCUACUUUGGUCCAAAGGUCGCCCUACUUUGGUCCAGAGGUCGAAGGGUCGCCUUACUUUGGUCCAGAGGUCGUCCUACUUUGGUCCAGAGGUCGGCGCACUUUGGUCCAAAGGUCGGCUUACUUUGGGUUUGGUCCAAAGGUCGCCUUACUUUGGUCCAAAGGUCGCCUUACUUUGGUCCAAAGGUCACCUUACUCUGGUCCAAAGGUCGCCCUACUGUGGUCCAGAGGUCGCCGCACUUUGGUCCAGAGGUCGCCUGUGGUCCCGCGGUCGUCUUCGGUCCCAAGAUCGUCUUUGGUUUCAAGGUCGUCUUUGGUCCCAGUGUCGUCUUAAGUCCCAAGGUCUCCUGUGGUCCAGAGGUCGCCUGUGGUCCAAAGAAAGGUCGCCCCUGGGUCAAAGAUCGCCUUUGGGUCAAAGAUCGCCUGUACUCCAAAGGUCGUCUUUGGUCCAAAGGUCGCCUUUAGUCUGAAGAUCGCCUUUAGUCCGAAGAUCGCCCUUGGUCCAACGAUCGCCCUUGGUCGAAAGCUCGUCUUUGGCCCAAAGAUCGGCUUUGGUCCAUAUGUCUUUGGUCCAAGGUCUUUGCCCUUUCGGUGGGCGGUCUUUCGUUGGCUGUCUCUCUUUGGACUUUUCUCCGCAGCUUGCGCCCCCACCCCCGUCGGCCAUUUUUCUGCCUUCUUUUCUGGUGGUCUGCCACGGGGCCGCAACGUAAAUCCCAACAAGGAAACGGCCGGAGGCUAUCAGGCUUGAGAAUGAGGGGAAAGGGCAGGAGGCUAUGGGCAAUAGCUUCGCGAAAGAAGCUGACUAAUCUUAAUAAUAUAGGUUAAUAAUAUAGAUUAAUAAUAUAGACUAAUAAUAUAGAUUUUUUUUUUGUUAUGUUUUUUAUCUAUCAACUUAUAAUAAUUGAAGAAGAUUAAGCACCUAGUCUACUGAUUGCCUAGAAGUCCAGGAGAUAUAUUGGUGUGGGAGGUUGAUCUCAACGUCGUGGAGGGUGUGGGAGGUUGAUCGCAGGGCGCCCGAAGGGCGCCCCGCGCGCCGGUGGGGUUCCAAAAGGUAUGCGCGCAGCAUUCGGAAGAAGCGGCAACGCCGUGGGGGAAGCAGCGCUGGAAGACGCAGGGCGCCCCCCUGCUCUCGGAGGUCUGAUAGGUCCACGAAUGGCACGGAUGGCGGAACAGAUUGAAGCCCCGGACUGGAUGCCUGCCAUUCGUUCCAACCGUUCCACUCGUGCCAUGCCAACCGGGACCCGAAACCCUAAAAAACUGCUCUGAUCCAAUUUAUAAAUACGAUUAAGUUUAAGUGUGGGUCUGUGUCUGCGAUUAUGAAACAAUACUUCAUUUUAGCGGAGUGAUCACCGGGUGGAGUUGUGCUUGGCAUGAUGACAGUUUUUCACAUUAGGCUUACCGUAGAAUUCUCAUCUGGACCUACGGUUUGCUUUUCUUCCGCAAUUCCACCGGGAAGAUGUGAGAUUUCCUGCAUAACAAAGUCAAAGAUAAAGAAUCCGCUACUCACCUCCUAUCCCUUUUGUUUCUUUUUCUUUUUGUUUUUUUAUCAAAUUUCUCUAAUUUCGAAAAGCAUGGAAUGAGCAGCGUCUCAGUUCCUGUAAUAUUGGACACCUUGUGGAAUGUAUUAGCUCGUAACUUUUUCGCGGAAUUGUCACUUGUGCGCAGGUUGCGACAUGCAGCAAAUGGAAGUAGAGUUGAUGUUGAAAGGGAACUACAAUUAUCUCCACCUUCUAUAUCUUCUUCUUCUACGACUACAUCUAGUUCUUCGCGAAGUGCGUCCUCUACUAGGUCUAGUACAGUUCUUCAGCCUCCAGGAGCUCCGAAAAAUGUGCGGUUGUGGAUCCACUAUCUGUCGCUGGACAUCGAAGGCCUAGAGCUUGAGAUUCUGGAGGAAUUGCUAGAACGGAUACCGGAAGUUCGUGUUGGGCUCAUCACAAUGGAGGUGACGACGCUAGCGCCAGGACCUAGACUUAAGGCUCAACCUUCACUGGUCAUCACUGACACCUUGAGAGAACAGGGGAAAAUGAAUGGAAAACUAGGGGAGAGGCAUGGGGCCCCUUUUCUUUCCGAAUCAGUGACCAACGAACGACUGCCGACCUUUAAUAGACAGCGAGCACGCGAGCUCUUGGAACGAC